CAAUGUUUGGCCCUGAUAACAUUCUUCUGAUUCUCCCUGGAGCAGGUUGUCACAAAGGCAGGAGAGCAGGACUUUGCCUUUUCCCAGUGGCUUUGGCUGCCCUGGGUGGACCUGACCUUGAGUGAUGUGUUGCCGUGGAAGAGGAGCUCUAGUGAUGGACAUGAAGGCGCCGUGCGUCUCCCUCUGCCUCCUGGGUGCCGGGCUCUUCCUGUGCUCAGCGCACGCCCGAGGCCUCAGGAGAUGCCUCAUGUCCAUGAACUUGCACCGUGUGGAGGAGAGCUUCCGAGGAAUCAAAACAGCCAUUCAGGCUAAGGACACCUUCCAAAACGUCACCAUCCUGUCCCCGUCGGAGACCCUGCACGGCACUCAGCCCUUAGAUGUAUGCUGCGUGACCAAGAACCUCCUGGCAUUUUAUGUGGACAGAGUGUUCAAGGACCAUCAGGAGCUGAGCCCCCAAAUCAUGAGAAAAAUCAGCAGUCUUGCCAACUCUUUCCUCUACAUGCAGAAGACUCUACAACAAUGUCAGAAGCUGUGUCACUGCAGACAGGAAGCAACCAAUGCAACCAGAAUCAUCCAUGACAACUAUGAUCAGCUGGAGGUCCGAUCGGCUGCCAUUAAGGCUCUGGGAGAGCUGGACGUCUUUCUAGCCUGGAUUGACAAGCAUCAUGGAGGAACUUCCGCUGCCUCAAGACAAGGAACCUGACCUGGGGGGAUGAACAGCCCCGAGAGGCUUCUGGUGGGGGACAGCCAACUUGGAAGGGGAGCGAGAUGGGGGAGGCCCUGUUUUAUGCAAAUGAGGGUCUUUUUGAGGAAGUCUUCCUACUUGUUUGGGAUUCUCUUCUCUGGGCUGAGGUGUUGUAACGGGAAAUUCUGGGUUUGAGCACACCUCACCUUGUGGCUAAAAUCUCACCGGCUGGGGCCAGCUUGUCUGAUCUCAUCUGAAGGUAUCCAAGCAGUCUGCUGUUUUUAUAUUUGUAACAAAAUAUGUCUGUUUCGAGGUCCUGUGGGGCCAUCCUGGAGGGAGAGGGUGGGCUUCCCUAAUUUAUUGUGAAGUUUCUUAUCCCAUGUCUGUGAUGUGAGCUAAGCGAUAUCCUGUGGUGCAUAUUGUACUGACUGGUUUUUCCGAAUAAAUUCUGUUCUUUACCAAUUAGUGGAAGUGUUUUCUGUUUUAGGAAGGCCAGUCAAGGACCAUGAAUGGAGACUAUGAGAAAUAAAAGGGGCCUUUGGGGAAUUCCCUGGUGGUCUAGUGGUGAGGACUCUGAAUUCUCACUGCGAAGGGCCUGGGUUCAGUCCUUGGUUGGGGAACAAAAUACAAGCCAUGCAGUACUGCCAAAAACAAAUAAAUAAAUUAAAAAAAAAAAGAAAUGAAGUGGGCCUUGAA